AAGUAUAGAAUUUAGUGCUAAAGGUCUUUGUGUUAAAGAUACUAAUUUUAAAAGUUGUGCUAAAUUUCUUUGCACUAAAGGUGCUAGUUCUAAAGGUCUUUAUUCUAGUGUUAAUGUCUUUGCAAUAUAG